AGUCAAAUUUAUGAAGCCAUUAUUCAAACUUGGACUUGGUUGCGAUUAUGCAUGAAUAGUCAACUUUGUUCAUGUUUCUUUUUCUAUUACCUUCCUAUUUUCCAAUUUACCAUUCCAUUCAACUCAUAGCAUACUAAUCUUCCGAUCUCAUCGUCUUUCACUUUUCAUUCAUUUCUCAACAAUGGCCAAUGCUUUGCUUGGUGUUGUUUUCAAGAAUCUGUCGUCUCUCAUUCAAAAUGAAUUUGCAACAAUUUUUGGAAUCGAGAAAAAGGCUCAAAAGCUGUCAGCCACCUUAGAGCUCAUCAACGCUGUUCUUGAAGAUGCUGAGCAUAAACAACUCAAUAACCCUUCUAUCAAGUUAUGGCUUCAACAACUCAAAGAUGCAGUUUAUGUGCUCGAUGAUAUUCUUGAUCAGUGUUUCAUCGAAUCUGAUCGACUUCAGGGAGUUUCUUCUUUCAUACCGAAGAACAUCAUGUUUCGCCGUGAGAUAGGCAACAAGUUCAAGGAGAUCAUAAGCCGAUUCGAUCAAAUUGCUGUGAGUAAGAACAAGUUUCUUCUACAGGUGGGUGGUCCUGUUAGGGAAAAGUCCAUUGAAGUGGCUGAAUGGCGCCAAACUAGCUCAGUUAUUGCGGAACCCAAAGUGUAUGGACGAGAUGAUGACAAAGAGAAGAUUGUCCAGUUUUUUCUCACCCAAGCAAGAGACUCUCACUCCCUUUCUGUGUAUCCCAUCGUUGGCUUAGGUGGUAUUGGAAAAACAACUCUGGCUCAAUUGGUCUACAAUGAUCGUCGGGUAAGUGUCAAUUUUGAUAUAAAAGUGUGGGUGUGUGUUUCUGAGGUUUUCUCUAUCAAGAUGAUUCUGCUUUCUAUUAUAGAAUCUAUAACAAGAGGUAAGCGUCGUUACUCUAAUUUAGAUGUAAUACAAAAAAAAGUGCAAGAACUGUUGCAAGGUAAAAAAUAUUUGUUGGUCUUGGAUGAUGUAUGGAAAAGAAAUCCGGAAUUGGAAUUUGGAUUAAGCCAAGACAUUUGGUAUAAGUUGAAAUCCGUGUUGUCGUGUGGAUCCAAAGGGGCUUCCAUUUUAGUUUCCACUCGGGACAAGGAUGUUGCAGAAAUCAUGGGAACAUGUCAAAGUCAUCACUUAUCUGGGCUCUCUGAAGAUGAAUGUUGGUUGUUGUUUCAAGAAUAUGCAUUUGGACAUGAGAAAGAAAAGCAAGCAAAACUUGUGGCAAUAGGCAAGGAGAUCAUAAAGAAGUGUGGGGGAUUACCUCUUGCAGCACAGGCACUGGGAGGUCUAAUGCACUCAAGAACUACUGAAAAGGAAUGGCUUGAAAUUAAAGAUAGUGAGCUCUGGACUUUACCCGAUGAGAAUAUGGUUUUUCCUGCCUUGAGAUUGAGCUACAUAUAUUUAACUCCCACCUUGAAGCAAUGUUUUUCAUUUUGUGCUAUAUUUCCUAAAGAUACAGAGAUGAUUAAAGAAGAUUUGAUUCAUCUCUGGAUGGCUAAUGGGUUUAUUUCAUCGAGGGAAAAUUUGGAGGUAGAAGAUGUUGGCAAUAUGGUUUGGAAUGAAUUGUGCCAAAAGUCUUUCUUUCAAGACAUCAAGAUGUAUGCUGAUUCAGAAGAAAUUUCUUUCAAGAUGCACGAUCUUGUCCAUGAUUUAGCUCAAUUUGUUACAGGGCCAGAGUGUAUGAUUAUUAAGAACACAAACAUUGAUUUGUCAAGAAGCACUCACCAUAUUAGUUUUGACUAUCGCAAAUUGGUAAAAAUCAAUCAGGAGGCCUUCAGAAAUGUUGAGUCCUUGCGAACAUUGUAUGGCUUAAAAACUUCUGACUGCCCCACAUUUUAUUUUAGUUGUCGCUUCCCAAAUAACAACUCUUUACGGGUUUUACUCAUAAGUUCUAGAAUGUUAUAUUCCGUUGAGAGUUUUACUCAUUUGAGGUAUUUGGAACUUUAUGGUUUCUCAAACUUUGAACCCAUAUCUAGCUCAAUUCAUACCUUGCGCUAUUUGGAAAUCUUAAAAUUUAAAAGUUUUUGGAAAAUUCUAUAUCUACCGAAACACUUGAGUCGCCUACAAAAUCUCAGACACCUUGUCAUUGAAGAUUGUAAUGUAUUGUCUUCUGUCUUUCCUAAUAUUGGAAAAUUAUGUUGCCUAAGAACAUUAAGUCUAUUCAUUGUUCGUCGGGAGAUAGGAUACAGCUUGGCAGAGCUACGUGAUCUACAGUUGGAAGGAAAACUGAGCAUCCAAGGCCUAAAAAAUGUUGGUAGUUCAUCUGAAGCUCGAGAGGCCAAUUUAAUGGCUAAAAAAGACCUCCAAGAAUUACGCUUGUCAUGGAGCAAAGGUGUAUUUACUAAGGGACCUAGUACUAGUGCAGAGGAAGUAAUCGAGGCACUUCAACCUCACUCAAAUCUUAAGAGGUUGAAAAUAGAACUCUACGACGGAAUUAGCUUACCAAGCUGGAUCAGUAUGUUAAGUAAUUUAGCUUCUCUUGAACUUACUUGUUGUGACAAUUGCGUGCAGACUUCACUACUUGGGAAACUACCAUCUCUAAAAAAAGUCCGUUUGCGUCAUAUGAAUAAUGUGCUAUAUAUGAAUGAUGAUGAACCUCACCACGGUUUGGAGGAGACACUUUUCCCAUCUCUGGAGGAACUCUACUUAGAUGGGUUACCAAACUUAGAGCGAUUGUUGAAAGUGCUAAGAGGAGAGAUUUUCCCCCGUCUUUCUAAUUUUACCAUCAUAAAUUGUCCUAAACUUGUGUUGCCAAACCUUUCAUCUGUCAAGUACUUAUUUGUAGAUGGAUGUAACAAUGAGUUACUGAGGCAAAUCUCUAGUUUCUAUGGUCUUACAACUCUUCACCUUAAUAAAAAUGAAGAUGUGACCUCCCUCCCUGAGGACAUGUUGAGAAAGCUAACUUCACUUCAAACUCUAACAAUAUCUGAUUUCUUGAAGUUGAUGGAAUUACCAAAUGAACCCUUCAACCUAGCUUUGGAGCAUCUCUGUAUUAGUCGUUGUGGCGGGCUUGAGUCUUUGCCAGAGCUAAUUUGGGAAGGUCUGCAAUCCCUUCGAACAAUCGAUAUUAUUGAAUGUGAAGGAUUGAGAUCCUUGCCUGAAGGCUUCCAACACCUCACUUCACUUGAGGUUUUGACUAUCCAAGGUUGCUCAACGUUAAAGAAACGAUGCAAGGAGGAAAUAGGGGAGGACUGGGACAAGAUAGCACAUAUUCCAAAAUUACUGAUUUGGUAGAAUGAAGAAAAAUGUACAGUUUUGAAUAUGACACUGUUGGGUCUUGUCUCUUCAGUGUGAGUGGUUUAUCUUAUCAAAUUGUUAAGACCAAACAUGUGAAGCAGUUCAAAAGUCCUUGGUUCAGUUGAAAAAUGGAAAUAGUCCAUUGAAUAUGAGCUCCAAGAGAAUCUAUGUUGCUGAGACUGGUACUUAUGCUGGAGAUAUCAAAUACUAAUUAGAGAUCUAGUGGCCAUACCAUGAUUGGCACAAUUAGAUUGGCAAAAGUUACUUGCAACAGUUUCCAUCAGCAGACAACAUAGAAUGUACUUGCUGUUAAGGAAGGAACCUAUGCUGAGUUUAGAGAUGACAGUUCCAAACAUAGUUGCUUGAAAGAUUGAAGCUCUUGUUGCAGCAUGGUUACUGGGUGGGAGCUGAAGAAAACAGUAUCAUAAAAGUUAUCUUUGGGAAGAAGUUAGUUCCCACCCUUCUCUGACAUUUGAUUGAAUAAGGCCUUAAUUGCAAUAUGUGUGUUAGAUUGCUUUAUUUUGUAUUAUAUAAUUCAAACUUUAGAAUUUCAUUUUCCUAUUCUUGACAAGCCUUUCUAAUCUCAUAUUAUUGUAUUUCACUUUAUUUAUUUAUUUUUGGAUAUUUUAAUAUAUUUUAAAUAUGUAACGGUACAUUUUUGUAUACUUAAAUAACACAAUUAAAUAAGACAGAGAUAUCAAACGGAAAGUCCUCCCGGUAAAAAAACAACAAUUCACCAACAUUAAAGUAUUUUAACUAUAUACCUGUUCUUGUUCACGUUAAGGGAGCAUCCUCUUUAAAACCAAAGAACAUCAUGUUUCACCGUGAGAUUGGCAACAAGUUCAAAGAGAUUUCAAGUAUGUAGUAUUGGAUCGAACUCCAGUCUUGACAGAGGUAGCUUCAGAAUUUAGCAGGGUCGAAUGUGCAUGUUGUAGUCGAAGUCUGUUCAAACAUACAGUAGCCGAAAUGCAUGUUGUAGUCGAAAUCUGUUCAAGCAUGCAGGGGUCAAAGUUAGUUUAUGUACUAUGGUAUGUAAUAGUUAUGUAUAUCAUGUAUGAGUGUUAUCAUCAUACACAAGGGGAGAAGUCAAUGUGAAGAAGGUUUCGUUUG